UUACUCUACUACUGUGAUCUGUGAUAAGAGUUGCACUAACAACUUAGCCACAUCGCCAUCUUUCUCUGCUGUUUUCAGAUCCAAAGCGACACUGUUGUGUCAAACCAGCUCAACAGCCCACCAUGUUCCGCACUAGGGAUAAAAAAACGCCAGAACAGUUCCAGGAUGUUUCGCAAGGUUUGAAAAAACUUUACCGGACUAAACUCUUUCCCCUGGAGGACAGCUACCAAUUCCACGACUUCCACUCACCGGCGCUCGAGGAUGCGGACUUCGACAACAAACCCAUGGUUCUCUUGGUCGGUCAGUAUUCGACCGGGAAAACGACCUUCAUUCGGCACCUGAUGGAGCAAGACUUCCCCGGUAUGAGGAUAGGGCCCGAGCCGACGACAGACUCUUUCAUAGCUGUGAUGCACGGUGACCAGGACGGGAUGAUACCUGGCAACGCCUUGGUUGUCGACCCCAAAAAACCCUUCCGCAAACUCAGCGCAUUUGGUAACGCGUUCCUCAACAGAUUUACGUGUGCUCAGAUGUCCAACCCGGUCCUGGAGAGCAUCAGUAUCAUUGAUACCCCUGGAAUCCUGUCAGGAGAGAAACAGAGGAUAAGCAGAGGGUAUGACUUUGCAGCAGUACUGGAGUGGUUUGCGGAGCGUGUGGACCGCAUCAUCCUCCUGUUUGACGCCCACAAGCUAGACAUCUCAGACGAGUUCUCUGAGGUGAUCCGCGCCCUGAAGAACCACGAGGACAAGAUGCGCGUGGUGCUGAACAAGGCUGACCAGAUCAACACGCAGCAGCUGAUGAGAGUCUACGGUGCCCUCAUGUGGUCGCUGGGGAAGAUCAUCAACACCCCCGAGGUGGUGAGGGUGUACAUCGGGUCGUUCUGGGCCCAGCCUCUCCUGAUCCCUGACAACAGGAAGCUGUUUGAGGCUGAGGAACAGGACUUGUUCCAGGACAUCCAGGGGCUUCCCCGGAAUGCAGCGAUACGGAAACUCAAUGACCUCAUCAAGAGGGCACGGCUGGCUAAGGUCCACGCCUACAUCAUCAGCUCUCUGAAGAAGGAGAUGCCCAGUGUGUUUGGGAAGGAGAACAAAAAGAAGGAGCUGAUCGCCAACCUGGGAGAGACGUACCUGAAGAUAGAGAGGGAACAUCAGAUCUCCCCUGGAGACUUCCCUAAACUCAAGAAGAUGCAGGAGCUCCUGGCUGGCCACGACUUCUCUAAGUUCUCUACCAUGAAGCCCAAGCUGCUAGAGGCUGUGGAGGACAUGUUGGCCAACGACAUCGCCUGCCUCAUGACCCUGGUCCGCCAGGAGGAAGCCGCCAUGCCCAGCCAGGCUGUCCACGGAGGCGCCUUCGAGGGCACCAUGUCCGGCCCCUUCGGCCACGGCUAUGGAGAGGGAGCCGGGGAAGGCAUCGACGAGCUGGAGUGGGUGGUGGGCAGGGACAAACCCUCAUACGAUGAGAUUUUCUACACGCUGUCGCCGAUCAAUGGUAAAGUGUCGGGCGCGGCAGCCAAGAAGGAGAUGGUGAAGUCCAAGCUGCCCAACACGGUCCUGGGCAAGAUCUGGAAGCUGGCUGACGUGGAUAAGGAUGGUUACCUGGACGACGAGGAGUUUGCGUUGGCCAAUCACCUGAUCAAGGUGAAGCUAGAGGGGCAUGAGCUGCCGGGGAAGCUUCCGGAACACCUAGUGCCACCUUCUAAACGCCACCAGGAGAUUGAUAUGGGAGAGUGAUAUGGAACUGGGAGGAAGGGGGAAAACCACAAUCUAAUGAGCCAGGGAGAGACUGGGGAGGGGUUGUUUUGAGGUGUGGGGGGAAAUGUUUCUGAAGAUUAGCUGAGGGAGGGUUGGGCGGGUGGAGAGUUGGUACUUAUGAAUGGACAUUAACGGAAUGGGUUGAUUGCUGCAUGAGGGAAUGGGAUGGGGAAACUUGCUAAAUAAAUGUUUUGCAAAUAUAUCAGAUCCAAAAAAUAUACUGUCCAUAUGUUGAUCCAAAGAGACAUAAUUAACUCAUCCUUUUUUAAGAAAAAACAAUUCUAAAUUAGAAUAUUUUAUCUAUAUUUUUGUAUUUCCUGUCUGUUUACUAUGAGAUGCAUUCAAAUGCUUCCAUUUUAUUAUUUUCUCAGAUGAAUUAAAAGGAAAUAUUUAUCCCAA